AUGGGUGCUGCGGUACAAAUCGUCGAUGCGAAUCCGUCCUCGAGUAGUGUCCAUCAUGUCAUUUUCGCAAACCCUAACUAUACAAGCUGCGAAAUCCGCCUUCUCUUGAUAGUACGUGUAUCGAAACGAAGAGUAGAAAGAAGACGAAUUCGGCAUCUUCAAGUGAUGACCUACGACUUCACAGGGUUGUCUCAAGAGUUCACUGAGGACUACUCAGAAGAGGUUUCACAUGGAAAGGCACCAUCCUUAAGCCGAGCGUCCAGUUUCGAUUCGAUAGACCAGGAUGCGCCACUUAAUGACUAUCUCUCCUCUGAGGAACUCGACAAACUGAGCAGCUGCUUGAGUGAGGUUUCAUCGGAUCCUGGGAAGGAGCUCUCCACUUCAAUCUUCUACGAUGUAAUACAAGCAUUGGUGGCUCUUUGGACAUGUGUCUUCUCUCUCCUUUAUUCGUAUGCGUGGCGUCAGCACAGGAAGAAAUUCAUUAUGAGCAUUUUUUUCGUGGUUCCGAUGGUUUUCACCGUAUGCAGUAUCAUUUCUGGCCUUCUUGCGACAAUGGUUGUUUUGGGCAGAAUGUUCAGCACUCCUAUCGCAUACAAAGAUUUCUUGAACAUGAGAGAAAAAAUGCUCAUCCGACAAGAUUCUGUUAAUUGUGGCAAGAGGCAACGAUCAUACUCUGGCGCUUCGUCCGUUUCUGUAACUUCGGAGGAUUACCUACCCAAACCACUGUGUCGACGUCACUCAGUCAGUCAUAACAGUCUCUGCUCAAGACCGCCGAGCGUGAAUCGCAAGUACAGUUAUGCCUACUCACACUACAACGCUUGUGACUCUGAUGAGGAUGACUAG